GUCGACUGUGAGAUGAGGAAGAAAGUGAGGAGGAAGGAGUACACUGAACUCUCAACACGCUUCCUGCAAACAACUCGCUGUAAAGGACCAAAACGAAGAAAGGACGGGUGUAAAUUUGGAUUAUUUGACCCUUUGUGAUUUUGAGAAUGUGUCAUGAUUCGGUAAAAAUGCACUGAAGAGAGAGAAACGAUGGAAGUGGAGGAGACUGGUGAAAAAAGGACUUCCUGGUCUGGUGUGCCAGGAGAGGGACACUCAGUCCUCUGUGAUCAUGCAGGGAAGAAGAGAAAACAAGACCCGGCCCCUGAACCUGUGAUCAGAAUCUCAGAGGACGAGGAGGGAGAGGAUGAGUGUGAAAUGACAUCCGACCUGAAGGAAUCAGAGGAGCCCAGUAAUAAGAGAGUUAAACCUGUGGCAAAGUCCAAUAGCCUAACAGGUGUCUUAAACCCUGUGAAGACCCCUGCUCUGAAGCGCAUUGGCCAGUCUAUUUCGCGGUCUAUUAGUUUUCGUACAGAAGCUCGACCUUUGCCCACAGCCCCCCUGCGUUCACGGACAAAGGCCUCCUCGUUUCCACGUCGUCGCAACAGCCAGUGUUGGAGUGACACUGUGGAAAGUCAUGAUCUGACUGCAAAGGAAAUCAAACGGCAAGAGGUCAUAUACGAGCUAACCCAAGGAGAGAGACAACUCAUAGAGGACCUCAGUUUGGUUAAGAAGGUGUACUAUGAGCCCAUGUUGAAGUUAGACAUAAUGACAGAGAGUGAGCUUGGACAGAUCUUUGGUACUCUGGACUCACUCAUCCCCCUCCAUCAAGAUCUGCUGACUCGUCUUGAGCGACUGAGAGGAUCAGAGAAAACAGUUGGAGAGGUGGGGCCAACUUUAAUGAACUGGUUUCCUUGCCUGGAGGCGUAUGUUACAUAUUGCUGUAACCAGGUGGGAGCCAAAGCUUUACUGGACCAGAAAAAGCACGAGAAAAGAGUGGAGCACUUUCUGCGUCUGUGUCAGGAGUCCUCGUUCAGCAGGAAACUGGACCUGUGGAACUUCCUGGAUCUCCCUCGGAGCCGUUUGGUCAAGUACCCUCUGCUGUUGAAAGAGAUACAGAAGUGCACUCCGCCAGACCACCCAGAUGAAGACACGUUGCCGGAUGCUUUGGAGUUGAUCCAGAGCAUCGUGGCAGAGGUGAAUAAAAAGACGGGGGAAGCAGAGUGUCAGUUCUACAGGCGAGGCCUUUCCUACCUCGAAGAGGGCCAGAGAGUGCCAGAGAUCCAGCAGUCCCGCUUCCUCUACUGCCAUGGAGAACUCAAGAACAAUAAGGGCCAGCGGCUGCAUGUGUUCCUAUUUGAGCUGGUGUUGGUGCUGACUAGACCAGGGGACGAGAAGGACGGUGGUCACGUGUUUAAUGUGUACCGGCAGCCUCUGCCCAAUGCCUUGAUAAAUCUGGAGGAGAUCCCAGACGGUGAGGCUGCUGGAGGGGGCACCUUCAGAGGAGCCUUCACAGGGGGAAAUGAUAAAGUGAAGAAUUGUUUCCGCGUGAGCAGCAGAGGGCGCGCCAAAGCUCACUCUUACAGCCUGCAGGCCAACGACUCCUUCAGCAAGCAGCAGUGGAUCACCUGUCUGCGCCAAGCGAUCGUCCAGUCGCGAGAUAGGACAGCCCACACCAGCCAGUCACAGUUCUCUCCUCACCACGAUCCCGCCCUGUAUCACAUAGCCGAGCUCAGUCUCAGCUCGGACACAGAAAUGGCAGACCAUACCAGUCGCUGACUGUCAGACUGAUCAGCAGGUGGCCUUUGAAGCCUCUACACGUGUACAUUGACUGUCUGUGAAUGAUGAAUGUGUUUAGAUAUUUUCAACGAUAUUAAUGUUCUUUUUUUUUUUUUAUUAUUUUUUCCUGUCUGCGAUUGCAGUGAUGGCUGUAUAAAGUGAGAAUGUGAAUUUACCAAAGAAAAAAAUUUGUUUUUGAGAUUGUAUAAUUAAUAAACUGACACUUAAAAGAU